AUGAACCCGUUACGACUCCGAUUUCUGGACAAGAUAUUAGUACCGUUCUUGUAUAAACUACGCUGGUUCUACAUACGCUCCGCGCGCGGCGGCCUGCACCUGGUGGCGGACGGUCACAUAUUCUACGAGGACGGCGGCUCGCACCCGCGCCGCGUCACCUGGCGCUGUGCCAGGUCCUACCAGAAGGCAGAGCGGUGCCAGGUGGCGCUGUGCCUGCGCGACGGCAGGCUGGUCUACUUCAGGGGCGCCCACAACCACCCGCGGACGUACAACCCUAUCAAGCACGAGUCGAGGCGCUUCCAGGUCGACCCCAUGGGGAAGUACAAGAUAGUGAUGAACCUCGCCCCCAGGACCUUCGCGAUGGCGGCCCCUCCCCCGCCCCCCGCACCCCACGCCGCCCUCCUCCUC